AUGGCUCGCUGCAGCGCUACCGGCGUAUUGAAUACAGGCGACACUCCGCAGCAGCAGCAACAGCAGCAGCAGCAGCAGCCGCAGCAGCAGCAGCAGCAGCAGGAGCGUUAUGAGGAUCGUUAUAGGAAGUUAAUAUAUAGUGAGGGUACAGAAGAAGAGCAGCAGCAGCUAUGGUGUGAGCUGCAGCAGCAGCAGCAGCAGCAGCUAAGUACAAUAGGAUUAAUAGGUAUACGUAGUGGUUCUUUAUCUGCAGCAGCAGCAGCAGCAGCAGAAGCAGCAAUAACAGCAGGAGGAGAGCAGCAAAAAAAAAAAGGAUAUAAUAUACAAGACAUAGAUAUUAUUUCUUCUUUUCCUCCUGGUCUACCUCCUCUACCUCCUGAAUCACAGCAGCAGCAGCAGCAGCUGCAGCAGCAGCAGCAGCAGCAGCGCCAGCAGCAGCUAAUUGACGAAUUAAAAAGAGGAGAGAGGCAGCACAUCGUACCCAAGGGAAUGUUAACAAGAAUGAAUCUACAACAAUUAUUGCUAGCAGCAGAGAAGCGUGUCCUCCCUCAUCCUCAUUUAUCCUUAACAUUAUCUGCUGCUGUAUACUUAGCAGCAAGAGAAGCAUUAGGUCCUUUUUGUCUCCCUACUGAUUCAUUUAUUAUCCCUUCUUCUCCUGCUGCUGCUGCUGCAGCAGCAACAGCAGCAGCAACAGCAGCAGCAAAUGCAGCUACUGCAGCAGAUGCAGCAGCAGCAGCAGCACCCUUUGUUGGUACACCAUUAAAGGAUUGGGAAACUUUCCCUUGGCCACAACAUCUUGAGGGACUCCAUCUAGGAGAACAGAUGGAGUCUCUUCGUUAUGGGAAAGAAGUUGUAGAGAAGGAUUUGCCUUCCUUAGCUAAAGCCCUGAAGGAUUGGGACUUUGAUUGGGCAAUUAACUCUUCUGUCUCCUCGCGACUACAAAGAGAAGAAAAAGAAUUUAAUUUGUUGCUCCUUUCUCUUCCUAUUUACUUAGCAUCUAAGCCUUCUCCUCAUGGUGGUUUUCGCGGUCCUCCUAUCUAUUUUGUGGUGCCUAGCAGCACAGCAGCAGCAGCAGCAGCAGCACCAACAGCAGCAGCAACAGGAGAAGCAGCAGCAGCAGCAGCAGCAGCAGCAGUAGCAGAAUACCCUCAAGAGACAUGGGGCUUCCGUCUUGGGGCUGCAUGCAGCGCGCUGCGGCAAAGAGGACGUUAUUUAUAUUUUGCUGCUGCGCUGCAGCGGCUAGUAGCAGCAAAGAUGUCUCUGCAUGCAUUGCCUGUGCUGGAGCGAACAAGAGCAGAUAGGGAGGAUAUAGAGCGCAUGCUGCAGCCCCAGCAGCAGCAGCAGCAGCAGCAGCAGCAGCAUGGAGGACAGCAAGCAGCACAAACAGGGGAAACAGAGCAGCAGCAGCAAGACAUGGAUACCCAAGAGCAGCAGCAGCAGCAGCAGCAGCAGCAGCAGGAGCUGCCGCCAGACAUUCUGCGCCUGCAGAGAAGUUUAAGAAGCGUAGUUAUUAAAGACAAGAAGCAGCAGCAGCAGCAGCAGCACGGGCAGCAGCAGCAGCAGCAGGAGCAGCAAGAGGAAGACAGUGAUGAGGAAGUACAAGCAGCAGCAGCAGCACUAGAGGAAGGUGCUUCCUUAGAGGCAGCAAGACAGCAGCACAAUUUAGCUUCUCUUCCUAGCGAAGCAACAGCAGCAAAUGCAGCAGCAGCAGCAACAGCAGCAGCAGCAACAGCAGCAGCAGCAAGAGAUGCACAAAGAGAUGCCCUUAUAUCUGAUUUAGACUUUGGCGCAGAAAAAGAAAAACCCUCCUUCUUUUUACCUAGACCCCCAUACCCUGCAGUACGUCAAGUAGGUUUACGUAGGGAGUUGCUGCAGCAGGUACGGAAGGAGCAGCAGGAGGAGGAGCAGCAGCAGCAGCAAAAGUAUCCUUUCCCUCUUUAUUCAAGGAGACAAACAGAAGGAGGUUAUCAAUAUGUCUUUGAUAUUUGGUCAUGGGAUGAUGUUAUUGAGGCUAUGCAAUACUUUAAUGAUUUAUAUGCUCCUAUAAGUAAAGAAAUAGGAAGACAAAUUACUUUUAAUGAUAUACCUGAAGACUUCAAGAUACCAGGAGAGAACAUAACAUUAACGCGGAGUCCUUGGCGCGAGCAAAAAGAGCAGCAAAACCCUAAUCAGCAGCAGCAGCAGGAGCAGCAGCAGCAGCAGCAACAGCAACAGCAUCAGGAGAAGGAGAAGGAUGAAUCAUAUUUAUGGCCUAAGGAUUGGUGGGGUAUGCCCCUUGGUGUGUAUAUACAGCAGAUAAGAAGAGGAGAUAUAGAUGCACGUUAUCAUCCAAUAAGGAGACGUAUAUUAGAUAAAAUACAAUUUAAUUGGAUAAAUAAAUAUAAAUAUCUUAAUUUUACAUGGAUUAAGCUUAUUAAAGGUAUUAAAUGGUAA